AUGAUAACAACCAUGACGUCAUUUAUAUUAUUGAAGACGAACUCGUUUUUGUUGAGAAUGAACAGGGAGGAUAACGUGAACUGGUUUCAUGGAAAGAUUUCUCGGGAAAAUGCUGAGAAACUUCUCAAAGAAGAGGGUGAGGAUGGUGUGUUUCUAGUUCGUGAGAGUAAUACAUCACAUGGCGAUUAUGUAUUAUCUGUUUUGCAUCAGGGUGAGGUUGUACACUAUCAAAUACGACGCCAUGGAGAAGAUGCAUUUUUUUCAAUAGAGGAACAUACCACGGUUCAUGGGUUAGAUACUUUGAUUCAGCAUUACCGAGGUGACUCCAAUGGACUUGUAACUCGCCUUUCAGUUGUGUGUAAAGGUCAAGCUCCGCCACAUGAAUCUAGAACACAAGGAACUACCAACCUACUACACAGAGCGACGGACGCUGGAGAAUUAAACGUGGUAUCACAGUUAUUAGCUUGUGGUUACCGCAAUAGAGAUGCAAAGAAUCAAGAUGGGCAGACCGCUGUUCAUAUCGCUGCGAGAUCUGGAAGGGACAAAAUUCUAAUGAAGCUUAUUGAAAGUGGCGCCACAGUAAAUGUACGGGAUUCGUUUGGAUUCACACCGCUACAUUACACUUGCCAAAAUAACUUGCCGAGUACAACGGAACUGCUGAUAACGUAUGGGAACGCCAAUUAUCAGAUGCGGCACGCGCCAACAGGAAAAGUCCCACUCCAUGACGCCGCUCAGAGAGGAAAUAUUGAAUGUGUAAAGGUUUUAUUAAAACUUAAGGCUCCAGCCCACCCAAGGACCUUAGCUAAAGAAACUCCAGCUCAAUUAGCUAAGCAGUAUGGUCACACAGAUUGUUAUCAAUUGCUCAAAAACUACAAGUCGGAGAAUCCAAAUACGUGUAAAAGUCAAUGGUACCAUGGUACAUUGAACCGAGAAGAGGCAGUGAAAAUCUUAGAGGACUAUUGCAAUCAGAACGGUUUGAGGGACAAGGCGACGGAUGGCGUAUACCUCGUACGUUACAGCGAACGACACACGGGCGCGUACGUUUUGACCAUGCUCAGCGAAAAUACGCCUUAUAACUUCAUUAUUAGGAAAGAGAACGAUUGGUUAUUUAUUGAUAAUGGGCCGUACUUGGAGUCAUUAGAGCGAUUAAUAGAGCAUUAUACCAGUGUCCUAGAUGGUCUUCCUACGAAGCUCAGCGCGCCUGUACCGCCUAAACCCAAACCGCCGUUACCAGAGUUUUCAACAAUGCCCCGCACGAAGAAACAUUCACCGUGUCGAGUCAAUUCAAACCAGUCAUUAUCUUUAGUGAAAAACGAUAUAUUGAACGACAACAAACCAACUUCGCCUAACAAUAACAACGCAUUUGAAUUGUUGACGAGAAAUCUCUCGUUUUCUUCGGACUUUAAUAACGAUUCUCUGAAUAAUAACGAAGACCUAGAUGGCGACACUUACCAAGUACCUGUGAAUAACAGCGCUGUGACGUCCUUGGCUGAAAAUUAUAAUGAAAUAGCCAUUAAUUCUGAUGGUCAGCUUUCUACACUGCAAGAAUUUGUACCAUUCACGGAAUUGACUCUUGGUGCGGUUUUGGGGGAAGGUGAAUUUGGUUCCGUAUUACGAGCGGUAUAUUCGCCACUCGAUGCGCCCGCGCAGCAAGUCGCAGUAAAGACCUUGCAUUUGCAGCAUACGGACUCGAAUAAGAGGGAGUUUCUCGCCGAGGCGAAGCUCAUGAUGGCACUACGUCAUCGAUGUAUCGUACGACUUAUCGGAGUCUCGCUGGGUCCGCCACUAGCGAUGGUGCAAGAGCUGGUACCUCUAGGGUCUCUUCUGGAGUACCUCAUCCGUCAUCCUGAGAAGGUGUCCCCAGGGUAUGAGUUAAGGCUAUGGGCCUGCCAGGUGGCCGCUGGGAUGCGGUACCUCGAGCAAAGACGAUUUGUGCAUAGAGACCUUGCAGCAAGGAAUAUAUUGCUUGCUAGCAGGCACCAAGCAAAGAUUAGUGAUUUCGGCCUUUCGCGAGCAUUGUCCGCUGACAGUUCAUACUACAAAGCCAGUAGGGGUGGCAAAUGGCCGAUUAAGUGGUAUGCGCCGGAGUCGUACAACUAUGGCACCUUCAGUCACGCGAGUGACGUUUGGAGCUAUGGAGUCACUUUGUGGGAGAUGUUCUCUUACGGGAACCAGCCUUACGGAGAUAUGCGAGGAACUGAGGUAAUUCAAUUAGUCGAAAGCGGUGAACGCCUCUCUCGUCCUGAAAACUGCCCUGACGAGAUCUAUCAAGUGAUGUUAGACUGUUGGGCUUAUACGCCCGACCUCAGACCCACAUUUAGCAAACUCGUCGACGUCUUUUCUCACCACCCUGAUUACGUCAACAUCAGCCAGAUUGCACUUGAGAACGAUGACGUCACCGUCUGA